AUGCGUUCGAUUUUAAUCACUGGCUGCAACCGUGGACUAGGACUAGGGCUAGUCCAGCAUCUAACCCAGUUGCCGAAUCCGCCGGAAAAAAUUUUCGCCACUUGUCGGGAUGUUAAUAAAGCUGAGACUUUUGCUGAGGAAUUAUUGAAAGUGUCUGAUAAAUAUCAACUUCUAGGACUCAAAGAAAUCUGUGAAGAAUCUUUAUCAGAAACAAUAUCUGUUGAAAAUUCUAUCAGGAUACUGAUUUUAGCAGAUCUUCACGAUUCAAAAAAAUUGGUGGAAUUUGCUAAAAAUUAUAUAGUUACCGAAUUGGCGAGUUUAAAAAAUACUGAGGAGUAUAAAGCACUGGAAGAGUCUCAUCUAGCUUUGUUUGUGGCUCUACUCAAGGAACACCUGGAUAAAUUCAGUACUAAUUAA